AUGAGACUUGUCUGGUGGCUUCUUUUCUUCUGUUGGUUCUUGCAUGCUGUUUCUGCACUCACCUCUGAUGGGGUGACUCUCUUGUCACUCUUGAAGCACUGGACAUUCGUGCCUCCUUCCAUUAACUCCACCUGGGUUGCAUCUGAUUCAACUCCAUGCUCAUGGGUUGGAGUUCAAUGUGACCAUCAUGCCCACCAUGUGGUUUACCUUAACCUCACUGGUUAUGAGGUUGCUGGUCAAUUAGGACCUGAAAUUGGAAAUUUUAGUCGCCUGGAGUACUUGGAUCUUACUAAUAAUAGCCUCAGUGGCCAAAUACCUGUAACCUUGAAUAACUUGCACAAACUCAAGUUUAUCAGCCUCGGUGGUAAUCUACUCACUGGUGAAAUUCCAGAUUCCUUCACUCAAAUCCCUCAACUACAAUUUGCUGAUCUGUCUUAUAACAGUCUAAGUGGUUCCAUCCCCACAAGUAUUGUGAACAUGACUGGGCUCUUGCAGUUGUAUCUUCAGAGUAACCUUUUGUCUGGGACAAUUCCCUCAUCCAUUGGGAACUGCAGUAAAUUACAAGAGUUGUUUUUUGAUGGAAAUCAGUUGCAGGGUAUCCUUCCUGAGAGUCUAAACAAUCUUAAAGAUCUUGUUUAUUUUGAUGUCAGCCGCAAUAGUCUUAGGGGUACCAUUCCAUUGGGUUCUGGCGGUUGUAAAAAUUUACAAUUUUUGGAUCUCUCAUACAAUGUGUUUAGUGGAGGCAUUCCUUCAGGCUUGGGGAAUUGUAGUGGUUUAUCACAAGUUGCUGCUGUGAACUCUAACUUAGUUGGAAGUAUUCCAUCCUCCUUUGGUCUACUCACCGAGCUUUCUAUUCUAUACCUUCCUGAGAACCAUUUAUCAGGAAAAAUUCCUCCAGAACUUGGUAACUGCAAGUCUUUGAAUGAGUUACACUUGUAUUCCAAUCGACUCGAGGGAAAGAUUCCAAGUGAACUGGGAAAACUGAGUGAACUACAGGACCUUGAAUUGUUUUCAAAUCAAUUGACAGGUGAAAUUCCACUCAGCAUCUGGAAGAUUCAAGGUCUCGAGCAUCUCCUUGUAUAUAAUAAUAGCCUAUUUGGAGAAUUGCCUCUGGAGAUGACAGAGCUCAAACAACUGAAAAAUAUCUCAUUGUUUAACAACCAGUUCUCUGGAGUAAUACCUCAAAGCUUGGGGAUUAAUAGCAGUUUAGUACAGUUGGACUUUACAAAUAAUAAGUUCACUGGUAACAUCCCCACAAAUCUUUGUUUUGGCAACAAGUUAAGCAUACUGAAUAUGGGCAUCAAUCAACUUCAAGGUAGCAUACCUCCUGAUGUUGGAAGCUGUACAACUCUUAGAAGGGUGAUUCUUAAACAAAAUACUCUUACUGGACCUCUUCCUGAUUUUGACAGCAAUCCGAAUCUCACUUUCAUGGAUAUCAGCAACAACAAAAUCAAUGGAGCAAUUCCCUCAAGUUUGGGAAACUGCAGAAAUCUCACUGACUUAAUUUUGUCCAAUAACAAAUUUACAGGGUUUAUACCCUCGGAGCUAGGAAACCUUGUGAAUCUUCGGACUUUGAAUCUUGCUCACAACAACUUAGAAGGUCCUUUGCCAUCUCAGCUGUCAAACUGUACCAAAAUGGACAAGUUUGUUGUGGGAUUUAAUUUCCUAAAUGGUUCACUGCCAUCAAGUCUGCGGAGCUGGACAGUGCUAAACACAUUAAUUUUAAGUGAGAAUCAUUUUAGUGGGGGCAUCCCUUCUUUCUUGUUGGAGUUUAAAAAGCUUUCUGAAUUACAACUUGGUGGAAAUAUGUUUGGAGGCAGAAUUCCUGGAUCAGUUGGAGCAUUGCAGAAUUUGAUCUAUGGGUUGAAUCUAAGUUCCAAUGGGCUGAUAGGUGACCUUCCUGUAGAGAUUGCAAACCUGAAAAAAUUGCAAACACUGGAUCUAUCUCAGAACAAUUUGACAGGAAGCAUACAAGUUCUUGAUGAACUCCCUUCAUUAGUUGAAGUCAAUAUUUCAUACAAUUCUUUUCAUGGUCCUGUACCACAGAUGCUAAUGAAGUUGCUUGAUUCUCCCUUGUCAUCAUUUUUGGGUAAUCCUGGCCUGUGUAUCAGUUGUUCACCAUCAGAUGCGGUUUGCCCUCAAAGCAGCUAUCUGAAACCGUGUGAUAACGAAUCAACUAAUCGGAGGCGCCUGAGUAAGGUUGAAAUUGUGAUUAUAGCACUGGGAUCCUCAAUAUUUGUUGUUUUGCUGUUGCUGGGAUUAGUUUAUGUUUUUGUUUUUGGCAAAAAAUUUAAGCAGGAAGCCCAAAUCUCUGCUAACGAGGGUCCUUCAUCCCUUCUUAACAAAGUCAUGGAGGCUACAGCAAACCUAAAUGAUCAGUUUAUCAUUGGCAGAGGAGCACAUGGAGUUGUUUAUAAAGCACUGAUAGGUCCAGACAAAGCUUUUGCUGUAAAGAAGCUUGGAUUUGCUGCUAGCAAAGGUAAGAACUUGAGCAUGGUCAGAGAAAUUCAAACCCUUGGACAAAUUAGGCAUAGAAAUCUGGUCAAAUUGGAAGACUUUUGGUUGAGAAAAGAUUAUGGUCUGAUUUUGUACAGCUACAUGCCAAAUGGAAGCCUUCAUGAUGUUUUGCAUGAAAAGAAUCCACCAUCAUCCUUAGAGUGGAAUGUCCGGUAUAAGAUAGCUGUUGGAAUUGCUCAUGGAUUGUCUUAUCUGCAUUAUGACUGUGAUCCUCCCAUAGUCCACCGAGACAUCAAACCAAACAAUAUACUUCUUGACUCUGAUAUGGAGCCUCACAUUGCUGACUUUGGUAUUGCCAAACUUUUGGAUCAGUCUUCUACUUCAAAUCCUUCCAUAUCUGUGCCGGGUACAAUUGGUUACAUUGCACCAGAGAAUGCUUAUGCAACAAGAAGUGGUAGGGAGUCUGAUGUGUACAGUUACGGUGUAGUUUUGCUUGAGCUGAUAACUAGAAAGAAGCCACUAGACCCCUCAUUUAUGGAGGGCACUGAUGUAGUUGGUUGGGUUAGAUCUGUGUGGGGGGAAACGGGUGAUAUCUACCAAAUUGUUGAUUCAAACCUUGCUGAGGAAUUUCUAGAUACCCAUAUAAUGGAAAAAGUUACACAAGUGCUUAUGGUGGCUUUGAGAUGUGCUGAGAAGGAUCCACACAAGAGACCCACUAUGAGAGAUGUUACCCACCAAUUAUCACAUGCUACUGCUAGUACUAAUUCACGGACAACAAAUAGUAGAAAACGCUAGUUUUUUUAAAAGAUUUCUUGCUUGUAUAUUUGAUCAGGAAUGUAUGCAUUUCGCUUCUA